AUGAGUGAAAAGCUUGAGCCCUACAAAAGCAGACUCACUCCUGGAACAUACAUCAUGACAAAAGAGAUGCUAAACGAUGAUAAACGCGAAGGUUUUCGAGCUCUGAAUACUCAAUAUCUUUUUUAUAUGAAAUCUCUAAUGGACGAAUUUCAUCACAUUGUUCCUACAACCGAGCCAAGACUUGAUGGCGACAAUGUAUUGAUCCUGAUGAGGCUCAUGCCACAUACAUUGCAAGAAACUUUACCUGGUAAUCCAAAAGAAUCUGAAAAAGGUUCUAUAGAGGAGCAAGCAACUACCGUAUUAAAUCUUAAAGAGGACAAAAAACGCUCUAUAAUGAGUCAAUUGGUAGAUAUUGUUCAAUAUUUUGUUGAUAAUAAUUUCUUUUGUCUUGAUUUCAAACCAGACAACCUUUUACUUGAUGAUAAAUUCAAUGUCUACAUUACAGACUUUGGUCUUGGCAUUGAAGUAUUAGAUUCUUACCAAAAAGAGUUUGGAUUCAUAAUUGGCCAAACUGUUAUGGCAACAGAUGUAUACAAGGCACCAGAGCUUAUCAAUGAAAGGGUCGUGUCGUCGAAGACAGAUGUUUAUGCUCUCGGAAUCACUUUUUUCCAAAUGUUAACUGGCUUUAAUCUUAAAACUGAUGAAGGAUGUCAGAAACUCCAAUGUUUCUUAAGAAAUCCAGAAUCACAAUCCUUCAGUUCCCUAAAACCUAAUGAACGCAAUAUGCUUUUAGAUUGUCUCGCUGAAGACCCUAAAAUGAGAAUCAGAAUUGAUGAUCUAAAAAAGAAAUAUUUUGAUGACCAUCAAUAA